CGGUUAGUUGGUGAUCUUUCGCCGAGAGCGCAACACGCAGCACGCAUCGCCAUUCGCAGUCGCAGGAAGCAGGGAAACCAAGAGUUGGCAACAACUUCUCGUGGCUCCCAGCCCGUUUGUUUGUGCUUCUGAUUCGGCUUAUUUCGCCCAAAAUCGGUUCUAACUUAUUUUCCUAACUCUAAGACCAGUCGAGCAGUCGAGGCGCAAAUAAUUGCAUAAUUACACGUUUUUCAAAAAUAUUCAAGAGUACUGCGAGUGCGAAAAUAAAUGAGAAUUCAGUUUCGAGUCUGCUGAAUCAUCGCAUAUACACAGCACAACGUAUACAUAAAUCAGUUUUCGUAGCCUUCGCGCCGUCCACGUCAUCAACGAAAAGUAUAAACCAAAUUUUCGAAUCGAAUCGAAUACUGAAAAGCUAACCGUAAACAAGUGCGAAAGAACAGCGCCGCAAUGUCAAAGAAUAACGGAAAGGGCGCCAAAGGCGAAUUCGAAUUCCCGCAGCCAGCGAAGAAGCAAACCUUCUCGGAAAUGAUCUACAAUCCCCAGGAAGGCACCUUCUUCGGACGCACCGGAAAAAGUUGGAGUCAGCUACUGCUGUUCUACACAAUCUUCUACAUCGUUCUGGCCGCCCUCUUCACCAUUUGCAUGCAGGGUCUUCUGUCCACCAUCAGCGAUACGGAACCCAAGUGGAAGCUGCAAGACUCGCUGAUAGGCACCAAUCCCGGCCUGGGAUUCCGUCCAUUGAGUGAGCAGACCGAGCGAGGAUCGGUGAUCGCCUUCGAUGGCAAGAAACCGGCCGAGAGCGAUUACUGGAUCGAGCUGAUUGAUGACUUCCUCCGGGACUACAACCACACCGAGGGACGGGAUAUGAAGCACUGCGGCUUCGGUCAGGUCCUCGAACCCACGGAUGUGUGUGUGGUGAACACGGAUCUGUUUGGCGGCUGUUCCAAGGCCAAUAACUAUGGCUACAAGACGAACCAGCCCUGCAUAUUCUUGAAGCUGAAUAAGAUCUUUGGCUGGAUUCCGGAAGUGUACGAUAAGGAGGAGAAGGAUAUGCCUGAUGAUCUGAAAAAGGUGAUCAAUGAGACGAAAACGGAGGAGCGGCAGCAAGUCUGGGUGAGCUGCAACGGUCACUUGGGCAAGGACAAGGAGAACUUCCAGAACAUCCGCUACUUCCCCAGCCAAGGGUUCCCAAGCUACUACUACCCGUUCCUGAACCAGCCGGGUUACCUGAGUCCGCUGGUGGCCGUGCAGUUCAACUCCCCGCCCAAGGGUCAAAUGCUGGACGUGGAGUGCCGUGCCUGGGCCAAGAAUAUUCAGUACAGUGGCAGUGUCCGCGAUCGCAAGGGCUCCGUGACCUUCCAGAUCCUCCUGGACUAAGUGCGGGGAAUGGGAAUCAUGUCGCCAACUUGUGAUCGCAGCAGCAAAUACUAGCCGUAUUCUGGGCGAGGAUAUGGCAAACCGCGUCGGAGACCAACUACCACCUACCUUACUGAAAGAGAUAUACACAUAUGCAGAUAUAGAUAUAUAUAUAUAUAUAUGGAAUGAGCUAGCGACCUUAGGUUUUCAAGUGUAUUGUAUAUAUUUAUACGAAGGAAUGAUCCGACCGAUCGUCAAUUGAACUCUGAACAUCUGGCCUAAUAGAGAAAUAGAAAGUCGAAAAUCUUGAAAUUAAAGUUCAAAUCGUACACACGCAAUUGUUGUUAUAGCUUUUAGCUUGUCUAUUGCUAUCAGUUAUUAUUAUUAAUAUUUAUCAUAUUAUUUCAUUAUGAAUUCUUGUAAUUACGAUCAUUAUUUUCUGUCAGUUGUAUUUAGUUUUAAUUUAUAAAUGUUGAAACAUGCCCGAAAAAUUCUUUGUUUCCCGCACAUCGCCUAGGCUUGUUCAAUUUGUACAAAGAAGCAACUAAAUAAAUUAUAAUUGUUAAAUGUAUGCAAAUCAUGGAGAACGAAACAUUUUGAUCUAAGCUGAAUGUCGAUUAUUUUUUUUUCAAACUGGAAAGUAUUCAAGAACCUCUAAGUAGUGCAAUUUUUAAAGCAACAACCACAGUAACUAAGAAAUUCCAGUCUUAUUUAUGCGACUAACAAAUCAAAAUUUUAAUUUAUUUUAAACAUAUUUCAUUCACACAAAAAAAUAAAAAGAAGUUAAGCGAAUAAUGUUUUUGCGUUGUAUCAUUUUAAUAAAGAACAGAGAAUAUAAG